AUGUGCCCCUUGCCCGAUUCUAAGCCACAGGCUGCGACAGCAACAGGCGACGUUGAGUUGGCCGAUUUGCCAGCCUUAGUGGAGCCACAUUGCCUCGUUCUCAUUCUUAGGCCUGGAGCCCCGCAGUGCACUGAGCAAGUCGUCCAGGCGGACCACGCCAUCCAACUGUAUCGGUGUGAUAUUGCUGCUGACUCGGUCACAGAUAGUUUAUGCUCUGCUUAUUGGGCAGACAGAGUAGGCCAAGGUGUCAGAAAGAAUAAGACACGAAAACAUGCUUACUUAAUACAUCGCUGA